AUGACCUUACGUUCAGGUGAUUAUGUGCUUCUUCACCCUGAGGACACUCCAGCCCUUCAAGGGCAAUUCCAGUACGAUGAAGUCGUGUCGGCGGGGCGUUCAACCGUCACGCUGCGGUCCGUUGGGCACGAACGAGAGCAGCAGUACUCUGUCGGAAGGGCGGUCCCAAGGAAGCGGAAGGUAGAUGCGAGCGAGGCAGCCGGCAGCCGAGUUGGGGAGUGGAUGCGGAAGGUUGUCUGGUUUGUUCACCGCGGUUACACGUACUACGGCCAGGUAGUGAACUAUGACGGGUAUGAUCUUCUUGUUGGAACUUUCACCGGACAGAAGCGAGUGGCGGUCGACCACCUGACAAGCGAGAUGUACCCAGUGGUGGCGAUGAUAAUGGGCACGCGUCGCUGGUCUAGCAGGGUGUGGCCGUUAAGUCGGUUGGAGACGGUACACGACGAUCUGAUGGAUUGUAUAUUGGCUGGUAAGGACGGGUUUCCUGUGUUACCCGCGGACUUGAAGGAACAUGUACCGCAAGAGCUCUCAGGAAUUUCGGAUCGCCAGAUUUUGUGGGUAGAUCCGACCUCGGGGAGUACACGCACUGAUUCUCUGAGUUACGUGCUAAGAUACAUAUUUUAUGCCGACGGAGAUGCAGCUCACCCGCAACGAGGUAAAGUCCUGGGCAAUUCCUUCUGCGACGAGCCGAGCCCGUCUCAGGGAGAUAACGCCCAAGAUUCCCCUCGGACAGAUUUCUUUAACCCAUUAGUUGAUGACGACGACGGUCCAGUCGCCUCUGAGCCCCAAAAUAGCGAUGGUCCGCCACCCCAGCAGCCAGGACUGUCAACCGCAAUCGGAGCUUACCCGCUGAACACUUUCGUACCAGGCAGCAGGACAAGCGCUGCGUCAGAGAGGCCCAGCACCGACGCAGUCGGUGAAGAAUCGCAGGAUCCUGAGCUUAUUGACCUCACCAGUCGUUACAAGCCCCACCUCCUCGGUUUCUACAUCAACCAAUAUCAGACCUCGACAGCUGGAACGCGAAAGCGGCUGAGAGAGGUCGCAGACGCUGCUGUUGAAACUCCAACGGCCUCCAAACGCUCAAGGAUGGCAUUCUCACCGUCGUCCGAACAAGACCGCGUUCACCUAGCGCUGACGGCCCCAAUUCACAAAGUGGAAGAAGACCUUCCUGUGCUUGUGUGGUGGAUCAACGACGGACUGGAGAAAUAUCGCAAUGCGCUCCCGGGUACCGCAUCAGGAUGCGGAACGGCGCUCCCGGCUGAUACGAACAAACCUUUGGACUUACGCCCUGCUCAAGAGGUAGGUGAGGUUGACACAGGAGUACCCAAUCCGUCGAUUGUUCAGGCUAUCCUUGAGACGAAACUCCAGGCGGAGGAGAGACAGCGAGACCUCGUCAUCUCCAAAGUCCUAUCUGAGUGCGGAGUCACGAUAGGGGACGGAUCACGAUGCGAGACACCACCUUCACCUGAUAUUCUAGACUCGUCCAAGCAAAGUGCACUCUCGCAGCUCGUGCAACGCGUCCGGUAUUCGCUGCCGGAGUUAGUGGAGUUAGUUCGAGGCCAGACAGCACGAGACCGCCGUCCCAAUAAGGCCUUGUGCCCUAAGCGCUAUGACCUGUUGCUACGAGGUUACCGUCACCAGCGCCUUCUUCAAUCAAUUGCUACGGACGGUGUUUGUCCGGGAUGGCUCCGCCCAGAACCCCAUCAGAACAAGCGACCUGCCAACCAUCACUCUGCCAAUCGUAAUUUGUCAGCGGAAAUAGCCAGUAUACGCAAAAGGCAAGAUGCCAGUCAGUACCUUGUCGUUAACAGGGAUGUUGCUGCUCUCUGGGUAAAUGUGCAGAUCAGCCCGUUUGGCGCGGUGGCCAAGAAGGACGUCGAUCCGUCAGUCGAAGCUAGGCUGAUCCAUGACCUCUCUUUCCCGGUCGGUGACUCAACCAACGAUGCAUCCGACAAAGCGAGCUUUCCGGAUGCCCACUACACAAACGUUGCAGCGAUCGCGCGUCGUAUUGACGAGUGUGGGGAGCUGCACCCCGGUGUGCUCGUGUGCAUCAUGAAAGGCGAUGUCAAAGGAGCUUUCAGGCACUUGAUGUUAUCAAACCCCUUGUUCCCGUACGAGUGGGUAGAUGAUCACGUUCUCGUUGAGGCAGACACUCCUGGCCGUUUAUCGGUAGCCUCGGCGGCACUACGACUGGCAAUGAUGGCGACUCCUGUUCCACAGGACGCUCGCUAUCUGUACAAGACGUUCUCGCUAAGCUACAGGCCCAUGCACUGGCCGAAUCAAGUCACCAAAAGUAUGCUAUCACAUGGAAGCAAUGAUGUAGAUGGUGCGCCAGCGCCGAUGGAUCGCAUGGUAAUUCGGCCUCCACCAUUCUGUCCAAACUUGGCCACAUCAGCUGGUAUCAUCGGCGAAUCUGUGGCUACUCUGUCGGUCGUCAUGCGGGAUACAGACUCGCUAUCCAAGGGAUGUCACGGCUGUCGCCAGCGCCACGAAGGAAACGCCCCGUGUCAGCCAUUCUUCUCCGUCGACUCCGCUCCAACUGCGAUUUCAAGUCCGAACACGACCGUAUUCUAUGGGGGGCUGCGGUCACCAGCGCGGACUGGGAACGACCAGGUCAUUGGAGCACUCGACGUUGCAUGGUUGUGUCCAGUGAAAGCAGCUUGGGCGUUGGUCUCGCACGGGAAAAGCAUCGGGUUGUCUGACGACUCCUUGCUCUGUACAAUCAGCAAGGGCCAGCCAGUACCGGCAAACGACAUGGCAGCAGCAAUCAAAAGGGCAGCAGUCGACAUCGGGGAGCAGGCAUCAGAGUACGGGACACAUUCUCUGAGGAGCGGCGGUGCUACCGCUCUGUUCGCUGAAGGCGUUGAUAGACUCGCUAUCAAGCAUUUUGGACGCUGGAGCUCAGACUGUUACGAGCGCUAUGCUUGUAUGGACGGAACAACGAUUGGAACGAUGGUCAAGAAGAUGGUGCAUGGUGCCGGUCGUCAUUUCACUAGUCGCGAACCGAGACUACGUCAAGAGGGUACAUCCACGCCACACCCCGGCUGGAGGCGGUGA